AUGAAUAACUAUCAUAUUUACGAUGAGAUAGGAAAAGGCAAGUAUUCAGUAGUGUACAAGGGAAGAAAGAAGAAGACUAUUGAAUAUAUGGCAGUGAAAUCAUUGGAGAAAAGCAGACGUACAAAACUUUUGAAUGAAGUAUCAAUUAAUUUAAAUGAAAUCAGGUGAAAAUGUUCUCCGGUCUUAAACACCCAAACAUCUUGAAGUUUUAUCAUUGGUAUGAGACGCGCAAUCAUCUCUGGGUGAUUUUGGAGUAUUGUCCAGGAGGCGAUCUGAUGGCACUAAUUGAAGCAGAUCAACAAGGCUUACAAGAAAACAUAGUGUUGCGUUUCGUAAGGGACAUGGCUGCAGGAUUAAACUAUUUGCAUUCCAAGGGCAUAAGUGAGUCAUUUGAAAUUAAUCAUAGUCUAUUGCGAUUUGAGACCAUCGAAUGUGUUAUUCAAUGAAUACGGAGUAGCCAAGCUCAGUGAUUUGGGAAAUGCAAAGCGCUUGGUGGACAUGAUCUCAGCCACCAUCGGUCCAGAUGUCGAGAUGUCUAAAAGAGGAUCACCCUAUUAUAUGGCACCCGAAUUAUUUCACGAGGGUGGAGUAUACAGUUUCUAAAGUGAUUUAUGGGCCUUGGGAUGUAUUGCAUAUGAAUUAUGCAUUGGAUAACCUCCAUUCUAAUGCAGUAGCUUUACUGAGUUGGUUGAAUUAAUUUUGAAUGCAGAAGUCAAACCAUUGGAGGUCUAAUGUUGGGACUUCAUCAAAGGGUAAUUUCUUGUGAUUUAAUUCUAGAUUACUGGAGAAGGAUCCUCUAAAAAGAUGGGGCUGGGAGAAAAUUUGUAAAUUCCUUAAUAUUUAAUAUUUGAAUGUGCCAUCCCAACCACAUUUUGAAACUUGGUGCAAAAAAAACAAUCUUGUCAGAGUGACUCCAGUUCAACAGAAUAAUAAGCAGGUGGACAUCGUAAGGUUGUCCUUGAAUGUCCAUAAGAAUAUGUUAAGGGAAGAUGUGCCCAGCAGUUCUCAACAACAAUAAUAUCAUAAAUAGAUUAGUAGUAAUGAGAAGGAUUUUAAGUUAACAAACAAAGAUUAAGAAAUAUUGAUAGGAUCAGAAUAAUAGUAAGACGAUGAUGAAAUUGAUAAAUAACCUGAAGAAUUCUAAACUAAUGUUUAAUCAGAUUUAAAUUCUAUAAAUUCGCCUCAUUUGCAACAGAAACCAUUCACUAUCAAGAAGGAUUCGGUGCAUCCAUCUACUCAAAGUCUUCUUAAUUAAUCGCCUAUUCCUGGUGGAAUUACACCUUAAUAAAAGAAGGCAAAUGAAAAUGAUCAAUUAAUUCCUAUCGAUUAAUUGUUCACUCAUAGUUCUGAUAAUUCAGUCAAGCCUAUCAUUGGUAAUAGAGAGAUUGAAAAAUCAAUAGAUGCUACAUUUGCCAAGGAAUCAUUACCUUUUUAAUAUAUUAAUGCAGAUGACGUUAAUCGAAAUAUUGAAACUGAUUAAAUUGAAUAUCACUUUGAAUAAAUUUACAAUUCGUUACAGGUAGCUAAAUAAUAGGAAUAAUUAAAUAUUCUCAAUUACUUUGAAUAAAUUAUUUAGACAUCUAAUGCAGCCAAUCGUUUAAUCAAUUCAGCAUAUGUUUAAUUAUUAUUAAAGUUACUCACAGUUAGUAAAUUAACCCAAUUGAAAUACAGAAUUUGCUGUGUCUUAGGGUUAUUGCUUCGACAUGCUACUGUUAUUGAACCUGAAGUUUCAUAACAUGGAAUACCAGAAGCCAUGGUGGAAAUAUUAAACUCAAAGGAAUAGAAUAAUGUACGAAGAAAAGCAGCAGCAGCUUUGGGAGAAUACUUAUUUUAUGGGGCAACUCAGAUGGAAGAAGAUCCUUAGAAUCCUUAUUGGAAGAUGAGUAACAUUAGCUUCAAUUAAUUGAUUAAGGUUAUUAAAUCUCAGAAUGAAGAUGAAAUCGGUACAAAUCUAUAUCAUCUAAUUAGUGAAAUUCUACUGCAUUAAAACCAUUGAAAACAUCUCAUCCUAAUCGAUAUCUAUAGGGUAGAGAUUUGCCAAAUCAGAAAUAGUCUUGAUGAUUCUCCAAUGCUUUUUGUCUACUAAAAACGAUAGCUUAAGAAUUAGUUGUGCCAUUACCUUAGCUAAUCUAUUGAUGUUAGAUAAUCAAUAAGUUGAUGUGUUUAUGUAGAAUCUUGGCUUGAAAAGUUUGGUUUCGGUAUUUAUAUUUCUCUUAAUUAGUCUAGAUAUUUUUAGAUAACUUACAGAGAGUAUAAUAAGCUAUGAUUACAAUAUUCAAUAUUCAUCUUCUACAGAGUGUUAGCACACAAGAUUCAUCAAGCAAUAAUGUAUCUUAAUUGGCCUCAAAUGCUGUCAAUAAAUUAUUGAUGGAAGAAUGUAUGAUACGAUUUCUUAUUAAAAAUUAGCUUAAUUAAUAAAAGGGUUAGUUUAUUUAUUGGAUCAUGGUAACGCUGUCAGUAGAGGGAAGGCAGCCAUUGCAUUGAUGUUGAUGAUUAAAUUCAAUAUAGUCACACUUAUCAAUCUAUCAGAAGAACAAUUAAGAUUCUAUCAAAUUCUAGACAAAGGACUCAGAGACAAUAAUGAUUAUUUGAAAUAGUGCUUAUAACAUUUAGUACAAUAACUAUGUGAUUGCACUCCUAUUAUGAUCACUUAGAUUAAUCAAUCAUUGACUGACUCAUAAUUGAUGGAAUACUCUCCAAAGAAAACUAAUGGCAACUAUUUAAAUGUGUUAUUCUAAUACUCACAAACUCCAGUCUUACAACAAUCCUUAUUUUCCUCUCAGUAUUUACCAAUUCUAACAGAAUUAUUGUCAUUAUCUAAGAAUAAAACUCAAAUUCAAACCACCUUAUUGAAUAUUAUGUCCAAAAUGUGUACUAACUCAAAGAUUUUAAUAAAGCAACAAUAAGUAAUUAUUUAACAAGUGCUCAAAAAUUGUAUUGAUUACAUGGUUAAGUAAUAGAGCACCGAAACUAAAUUUAUGUUUUUGAAGUUGAUCAUAGAUCUACUAAGUGCUCUAUUGCAGGAAGAGGGGAUCUACGACUAUCCUAAUUUCUUGAAGCCUUACUCUAAUGAAUUGAAUAAUAUCAUAAUUACUCUCAUACUCCCUUUGUUGAAGGAAUUAUUCUAAGAAUAACCUCCCUUGCCAUUUUAUGCACUCAAAUUAGCAUCAAUUCUCCUAACUUACAACUCGCUCUUUCUCCCUCACUUCAAAAGAUAUGAAGUCCUCUAGGCUAUAUUAGACAUGUACAAGCCAGAUAGUAAUAAUAUCACAGGCCAUACUUUGAAUAUCAUUUAGAAGAUUGUAGAAGGCAGUUCAAUUGAAGAUCUCAAGCAAUUCUAAAUUAUUGGUAUAAAUCAAGUAUUAAACUUUAGACAAAUCUGUUCAAAUAUUUGUGUAAUUUACAAAGUAGAAGUAAGAAUGGGCUUUCGAGGAUCUAUCUUCUAUUAUGGUAGCAAUCACAAGCAAAAUAAUCAAUGAAUUACAAAGAGGGAACAACAAACUAGUAGUAAGUCCAGAUAAUACCUUGAUUCCUUAACCGUUCCCAUAAGAAUUCUUAUUUUUUUAAGAUCAAUUCUAUUUCACCCUUCAAUAUGCUUAACAAUUAAUCGGUAUUUCUACUCCAGGAUGCCAAUUAACUUUGUUAACUUAUAUGUUGCAUUUGGCAUAUUUUUAUCCAGGAAAACUAUCAUAAAUAAGGUAGUAAUUAUUUAAUUAAUUAAUUCCAUUACUAUGUCCUUAACUGAAUAAGAGAAUCAUUAAAUUGUUACAUUGGAUGGUUGUAUUAAACGAACAAAAACCAUUUAAGAUAGAAAAGAAAGAAAUCUUAGUAUAAGUUUUGGAAAAAUAUCAAAAGGAAGACAAAUCUAUUGCUAUGGCUGCAAAAGAUUUGAUGAAAUAUCUUCUUUGA